AAGACCUUGGUUUCAAUAAGGAAGAUGUCUUUGUCCACAAUUAAGCGUGUUGAAUAUUACUUAAGGCGACUUUGUGUGUAGAGCAAAAAGAUAUCACUUUGAGCAUUCUAACCAAAAACUGAACUUCUUGUUAGACUAAAAGAAACUGAAAAGAUAAAAAUGUCUAAUGAUCUCACCAAUAAUAAAGUGCAUGGACUGCAUGCUUCUGUCACGGAUUAUGCAUCCGAAGUAUUUGAAGAAUCAUCUGUAUGCGCUGUCUCUGCAAUCCUCACAAAUGACCGCAAGCCUAGGAAGAUCUUCCGGAGUGUCGUAUUCGUGAUAUUUACAGUUCUAUUCUUGUAUCAAUGCAUUGCUUUCCUGUAUUACGUCCUUCAACGUCCUUCUGUUGCUGAAAUUGAAAUAUUACGUCCAGAAACAUUUGUGUCGCCAGCGUAUACAUUUUGCAACUUUAACCCCAUAAAAAGAAGUAAAUUUUGCGCAAAAUAUCCGAACAAUUGUACUAAACCUAAUGAAAAAUGGUGUGAUAAGAAUCCGAGAUUUUGUGGAAUUCCAGACACGCAGAUACUGAAAGAAGAAGUUAUUAGUAUCGAUGAUCUUGAAGAGUUGUUCCACCUCAACCAUGAAGCCGAGGACAUGGUCAGAUUAGUCGACGACGAAGACUACAAUCCUGUUGGUCCAUUGCCUCGGUAUCCAAGUGAAUAUAACAUUGCAGCUUGCUUUACAUACUAUGACAGAGUUGAUAGCCCCCAGGAUCCUAAAACAGAGAAAAGAACGCCACUUGGGACCGGCAUUAGCGAGAUAUUUACAUUUGACCCUCAAGAGAAUGAACUGAUUUACCCAGAAGCAAGGGCAGGAAUAAUGUUUGAGGUUCAUUCACCCUUUGAAGCCGUCAAUCCUUUUGAUACAGGAUAUUUCAUGAAACCUGGACACCUCUACAGAAUAACAGUAAAAAUGACACAAGAAGAAUUACAGACAGAAUGUGUCAAUUACACAGAAGUAUGGCUGAAAAAUAACAAAACGGGUUAUCGAUCUCAAGAUGCUUGCGAACAGAAAUGCAUUGGGGAUAUUGUAAUGGAAUGCUUAAACUGUACUGAUCCAUUGACUUUAUACCCUUAUCCUAAUGAGAACUUUUGCAACCCCAAAAUUGAAGGCAAAAAUACUGAAAUGUGCGACUAUCCUGAAUAUAUCAUUGCAGAAUGUAUCAAAGGGUGCAAGGACGAUUGUGUAAAGACAAAGUUUUCUUAUGAAAUCAAGGAGAGCUUCCUAAACCGAUAUUCUCUGUCUACUGAGAAAAAUGAAUCACGUCAAAUUAGAGUGAGAAUUGAUUUCCCUGAUGUGGAUAUACAGAAAACUACCCAUAAACCCCAAUUUAAGGUUUUGGAAAUCUUCAGCUUUAUAGGAGGAUUUCUGGCGUUCUGGAUAGGUCUAUCAAUGGUUCAAGUUGUCGAAAUAUUUGAUUGCAUUUUUCAAAUUGUGAAACAUUUCUUCAUAAAAAGAGCGGCCAGAUCAGAGGGCACAGUGGCUUAAAAUCUCAGCUUAAAAGAGCUAUUAUAUUGAUUCAUUUGUAAACUAUCGAUAUCUGUAAAUUUCGAGCUAUAUAUUAUCCCAUUGCAAGAAUUUUAAUUUCUUGAUAACUUUUUUGAGACUUUUGAUCGGAAAUAAUGGAAGAAAAGUUGUGUUGUGCUUGUUCAAAAAAAGAACUAAAUAUAAUUUUUUUAAAUUUCGAUGCACGGAACUAUCUUGUAUCCUAUUAUAAAUAAAUAACUACGUUUUAUUUUCUUAUAAA